UUAACUAUUUUUAUAAUAUCAAAAUCGAAAAAAAAAAAAAUAGUAAAGCCACACUGACAAAUUUUAAUUAUUUUUAGUGAUUAAUUGAAUUUGUAAAUGAUCAAACAUCAUUACAAAAGAACAUCCGAAAAAAAUUCUUUAUCAUCUGUGCUUAUUUUAAAUAUUCAUCAUCAAGGGUCUUUGAUACAUGAUACAUCCAUCCAUAUACAUACCUUCGAAUUGCAAAAAAUAUUUGUGUCUUAUAUGAAUUUCUGUGAUCAACCAGCAUUAUUGAAAAUUAAGAAUUGUUGAAACCAAUAUUUUUGAAAAAAUAGGAUAUACAUAAAUACUAUAUUACUGGAAAAAAAAAAUCUAUACUGAAAUAAUGAAUUUCUCAACAUUUAUUAAAAAUUCAUCAACAACUCAAAAUAAUGGCAAUAAUAAUUUGUCCAAUUCAAACAAUAAUUUAACUAAUAAUGAUGCUGUUUUAACAACAAAUAGUAUUUUAUCAAGUACAACACCAUCAUAUAUACCAUCAUGGUUAGGACAAUCAAAUACUAAUUUAAAUAAUGAUAACACCUUUAAUAUUAAUUCACAAUUUCAAUAUACAAAUACUAAUGGAGUUACAAUGAAUCAUUAUAAUAAUAAUUGUAAUGGUAAUAUUUAUAAUCGUAAUCGUUAUGCUCCAUAUCAAAAUCGAUCUUAUUCAACUGGUAGUAUAAAUUUUACUAAUAACAAUAAUAAUCAAUUAUUACAACAACCAUUAUUGAAUCAAUCAUUUUCUUCGAUUACUGCACCCCAUAAUAAUUGUACAAAAUCUAAUAAUCCGAAUCAACCAAUAACGUUACAAAUAAAUAAUCUUGAUUAUUCUCUUGAGGAACAACAUUUACGCGGUUUUCUUGUAAACCAGUUAAAACCAAUAACACCGGUGAUUUCUUUAAUAUUUGAAGGAAGCUCUUGUGCCAAGGUUACUGUUCCUGAUUUAUAUUACGCUAAACUGGUAGUAUCGACUUUGCAUAGAAAAAAAAUUGGUUAUAAAAGAGUUGUUGUAUCAUAUACAAGAGAUUCUUCAACAACUGAAAUUUCAACAUUACGGUGUCAAGUAGCAGGACUACUAAAGGUAAUCAUUUAA